AUGGACCUGAGGCAGGGGUGUUCUUUCGGCAGAUACUACCCCGGUCCAUUUCAAGGCUAUGAGCACAGCAAGCGCAGACACCAGCAGCCAGCGCCAGGAUCUUAUCCUCAGAGCUUCCAGCUUCAGCAAAUAGAGUUUCUCAAGGGGCGGCUCCCAGAAGUGCCCCUCAUUGGAAAGCAGGCACCACCACCACCGUCACCCCUCCUCCCUGAACCCUGGCCACGGUUUCCAGGACCACCUGCCCGAGGCUGGCAGCCGGAGAUCUGGGGUGUCCCCAGGGGUGUGCCUCUCAGACGCCAGGUACGCCCCAGAGGAUUCUGGCCUCCUUCCCCUCGCGGCGGGGCUCUGCCCUGGGGAGGUAUUGAUAGGCUGUCCUCACGUUUCCAGGCACUGAGCAUCGGCCAGGAUCAGGAACAGAGGGUCUUAGAGCUCCUGCAGGAGCUUGGCGAAGGGAAGGCCACCACAGCACAUGACCUGGCUCGGAAGCUCCAGGCCCCAAAGAAGGAAAUCAACCACAUCUUAUACUGCCUGGAAGGCAGGGGUGUGCUGCACAGGGAGGCGGGAACGCCCCCUUUGUGGAGAAUCGCAGCUCCCGUUCAGGCUCUGAACCAGCACAGCCAAGUAGCGACAGCAGACGGCUGGAGCCAGGGAGCCCCAAACCCAGGCCCCAGCUGGGAAACCGCAGGCAGGAGCCCCGCGUCCGACUCGGAGGACCCCCCUGAGCCUGCAGACAUGGCCGAGAUCAAGGAAGACAUCUGCAACCACCUGUUUGACGUGGUCAAGUCCUCCGCCCUGAAUUUGGCUAAAAAUAUCGGCCUCUCGAAAGCCCGCGAUGUCAACGCCGUACUGAUUGACUUGGAAAGGCAGGGGGACGUGUACAGGGAAGGGACAACCCCUCCAAUCUGGUACCUGACGGACAAGAAGCGAGAGAGAAUACAAAUGAAGAGAAGUACGAACAGUGUUCCCGACGCCACGCAAGCUGCUAUCCCUGAGACCAAAACAGACGCAGAGCUCCCCGCCUGUAACUCACCCACGCCAGAUGCCUCAAGCGAAGCCGCACCAGAUGCCUCAAACGAAGCCGCCACAGAAAAAGUGGAGAAUGGGCAGGAGCCGGUCGUCAAGGCAGAAAGUAGGCCACCGGUCUCGCCAGAACCAGUGAAACCGAAACCACCUGUUUGUGACAAUGGCCCCUCAAAACCUGGGUAUGUGGACUUUGAGAAUGGCCAGUGGGCCACAGAUGACAUCCCAGAUGACUUGAAUAGUAUCCACACAGCCCCAGGUGAGUUUCGAGCCAUCAUGGAGAUGCCCUCCUUCUACAGCCAUGGCUUGCCACGGUGUUCACCCUACAAGAAACUGACUGAGUGCCAGCUGAAGAACCCCAUCAGCGGGCUGUUAGAAUAUGCUCAGUUCGCUAGUCAGACCUGUGAGUUCAACCUCAUAGAGCAGAGUGGACCACCCCAUGAACCUCGAUUUAAAUUCCAAGUGGUCAUCAGUGGCCGAGAGUUCCCCCCGGCUGAAGCUGGCAGCAAGAAAGUGGCCAAGCAGGAUGCAGCCAUGAAAGCCAUGACCAUCCUGCUCGAGGAAGCGAAAGCCAAGGACAGUGGAAGACCCGAAGAAUCCUACUACUCUUCCCUCGAGAAAGAGGCAGAGAAGACUGCAGAGUCCCCGUCCACCACCCCUUCAGCAACUUCCUUCUUAUCUGGGAAGAACCCCGUCAGUACAUUGCUUGAGUGUGUGCACAAGUUGGGGAGCUCCUGCGAAUUCCGCCUCCUAUCCAGAGAAGGCCCUGCCCAUGACCCCAAGUUCCAGUACUGUGUUGCAAUGGGAAACCACACUUUCCCCACCGUGAGUGCCCCCAGCAAGAAAGCGGCCAAGCAGAUGGCUGCCGAGGAAGCCAUGAAGGCCCUGCACGAGGAGGCCACCAACUCGGCAUCUUCUGAUAACCAGUCCGGAGGUACCAGCACAGAGUCAUUCGAGAACUUGGAAUCGAUGAUGCCCAACAAGGUCAGGAAGAUCGGCGAGCUCGUCAGAUACCUGAACACCAACCCGGUGGGCGGCCUGUUGGAGUACGCCCGCUCCCACGGCUUCGCGGCCGAGUUCAAGCUGGUUGACCAGUCCGGACCUCCUCACGAGCCCAAGUUUGUUUACCAAGCAAAAGUUGGGGGUCGCUGGUUCCCAGCCGUCUGCGCGCACAGCAAGAAACAAGGCAAGCAGGAGGCAGCGGACGCCGCCCUCCGCGUCCUGAUUGGGGAGAACGAGAAGGCAGAGCGCAUGGGUUUCACAGAGGUAACCCCAGUGACAGGGGCCACUCUCAGAAGAACUAUGCUCCUCCUCUCGAGGUCCCCAGAUGCACAGCCAAAGACACUCCCUCUCACUGGCAGCACCUUCCACGACCAGAUAGCCAUGCUGAGCCACCGGUGCUUCAACGCGCUCACCAACAGUUUCCAGCCCUCCUUGCUGGGCCGCAAGAUCCUGGCUGCCAUCAUCAUGAAGAAAGACUCCAAAGACCUGGGAGUCGUGGUCAGCCUGGGGACAGGCAAUCGCUGUGUGAAAGGAGACUCCCUGAGCCUGAAGGGCGAGACCGUCAACGACUGCCACGCGGAGAUCAUCUCCCGCAGGGGCUUCAUCAGGUUUCUCUACAGCGAGCUGAUGAAGUACAACCCCCAGACGGCGAAGGACAGCAUAUUUGAGCUCGCGAAGGGAGGGAAAAGGCUGCAGAUCAAGAAUACCGUGUCGUUCCACCUCUACAUCAGCACGGCCCCGUGUGGGGAUGGCGCGCUCUUCGACAAGUCCUGCAGCGACCGCGCGGUGGAGAGCACAGACCGCCACUACCCCGUCUUCGAGAACCCCAAGCAAGGCAAGCUCCGCACCAAGGUGGAGAACGGGGAAGGCACCAUCCCAGUGGAGUCCAGCGACAUUGUGCCCACGUGGGACGGCAUUCGGCUCGGGGAGAGACUCCGCACCAUGUCCUGCAGCGACAAGAUCCUCCGCUGGAACGUGCUCGGCCUGCAAGGGGCACUGUUGACCCACUUCCUGCAGCCCGUGUACCUCAAGUCAGUCACACUGGGUUACCUUUUCAGCCAAGGGCAUCUGACUCGUGCCAUUUGCUGUCGUGUGACGAGAGAUGGGAGUGCGUUUGAGAAUGGACUGCGCUAUCCCUUUGUUGUCAACCACCCCAAGGUUGGCCGGGUCAGCGUCUAUGAUUCCAAAAGGCAGUCCGGGAAGACCAAGGAGACGAGCGUCAACUGGUGUUUGGCUGACGGCUACGACCUGGAGAUCCUGGACGGCACCAGGGGCACCGUGGACGGGCCACGGAAUGAACUGUCCCGGGUCUCCAAAAAGAACAUUUUCCUCCUAUUUAAGAAGCUCUGCUCCUUCCGGGGCCGCAGGGAUCUACUUAAACUCUCCUAUGGUGAGGCCAAGAGGGCUGCCCGUGAAUACGAGAUAGCCAAGAACCACUUCAAAAAAGGCCUGAAGGACAUGGGCUAUGGGAACUGGAUAAGCAAACCUCAGGAGGAAAAGAAUUUCCACCUCUGCCCAGUAUAGUGGGACCGGCCUGGCGGCGGCGGGCGUGUCACGGGCGAGAGGCAGGGCGUAGCAUUCCUCGUAUUAGCCAAGGGUUUUGUUUUUUUAAUUUUUCUUUUAUUUUCUCCUUCCCUUUUUUUUUUUUUUUAAUGGAACCACAAUUGGUGGUACUGAGACCUCGGGUUCCUAUUUAUCCUGCUUUCUUUGGGAAUACCAGGCCAGGUCUCACCAGGCCCCUUCCCUUUUCCCAAGCAAAGAGGUAGGGACGUGAGGGGAGAGAAAAGGGGUCUCUCUCCUUCGACCAGCGCGGAAGCCGUCACUGAGCACCGCAGCCCGUUUCCUCCUCAGUUGUUGGGGGUUCCCAUUUCCUGCCCCUCAGUGUGCGGCCCUGGCCUCUUGAGGUCUUGAUUAGGUUCCAGUCAACUCUGUGAGUCACAUCAGGAACUGAUUUCAUUUGCGGAUUCUGCAAGCCCCUCCGCCCUGUCGAUUCCUUCCUGUGGUCAAGUUUCUCAUUUUCCUCCAAGAGGGUAAAGAGGAGACGUCUCUAAGCGCAGGAGGAGAGCCCUGCGGCCCCGGAAGGAGCAGAGCUUCUUAGAGCCAGCUGAGGGAGGUGCAGCUAGCAGACCGUUUCCCAGGGAGCUCAGGCCCCGGGGAGCAGGCAGGCUCCCAGCUGCCCCUCCUACAGCAUUCCUAGGAAUGCGCCUGCCGUGGGGGUGAGGGCCUCGGGGCAGAUCGCCUCGGACUCGGCAGGAACAAGGCAGAAAGUGACCUGGUCACAGCACUCUUCCACCCGCAGGGCUCCCUUGACAGCCACACCCAGGGAAGCUCAUGGAGCCGCGGGUGGAUUAGGAGUCUGUAGAAGAAUGCCCUAAGAGUCGGGUCUUAGCUGCUACAGAUAACCUGCACAGAUUUAGAUUCAGAUGUAAUUUUUCAAGUGCUUUUGUUCUGCCGGGAGAGCUUCAGAAGGUCGUUGGGGGCAGGUCACAGGGGACCUUAGGGGACACAGGACUGCAGCUGUAGAUGGAGGGCAGGUUGUCUGCAGAUCCUGUGAGGUGGAGCCCCGGGUCUACACCUCAAGCUAAUGACGCCUGUGGUCAGAGCCGUCGGCCUCCCUCUGGGCCCAUGUCAGGCGGAUGUACAUGCUCCAGAGAAGCACAGAGGCCCUGCCACUCAGCCCGGAGCCGGCUCUUCCUCUAGAGCAAGCAUGUCAAACGCGUGUUUGAGGCAUGCGGCCCGUGGGCCACGAGUUUGACAGGCUUGCUCUAGAGGGUCCCUCAAUCUUUACCUGUGAACAUGCUGAGCCAGCAGCCUCACACCACCUUUCACCCUCCCUCGCCCCACACUACUGACUAGUGAACUCCCAUCGGUCCCGCCUCUUCAGCAAUGGAUACAUCUACAUUCACACUUUUCUUGUGGCUACUGUUCCCCAAGAUUGACCAAAUGCGAAAACCCAAGUUUCAUGAUGCACUAAGGACGUCUCCAUGGGAGCUGGCAGGGGAGCAGUGCUGUCCUCCGGAGGGAGGCGCCUGCCCGCCCCGGCCCUGUGACAGCUGAGGGCACAGGGGUCAGUCCUGCCUCGGAGGCAGCCAACCUGGUUCUUGAGGCUGAAGCGCGGCGCCCACUGUGCCUCUGAACCUGAGCCCCUCUGGGCACUGGGGCCUCCUGCAGAGCAAGGGGCUCUCCAAAGACCAGAGCCCCGCUCACCCAGGCUCUCGUCUGGCAGCCGUGCAGUGUUUGGUUUCUGCUGUAGGAAGAGAGCCAGGCACCUGACCCCCGUGUCUGCUGGAAACAACCCUGUCAGCCCUGCAGGGCCGCAGCCCGUGCCCCUCGGGGUCACAGCACAGGAGGCAGAGCCCUGCCUGGAGUGUUCUCACCUUCUGUCCAAUCUUUGUUUCUAAUAAGCAGGACCCCCUUCCCCCUCCCCCUUUUUUUAAAAAUGAUUUUGUAGUUGAUUUGUCUGAACCGUGGCUUUUGUGCAUUCCUGGAAUAAUCACUUGUAAAAACUGUCGCUGCUUGACGCUGUUUCCUUUACUCCCUCGGAAGAGACUGUCGGGUUUUGGGGUCGUAGCAGUGACUCCAAGAGCAGAGCGGGCAGAGCCCGAGCCUGGACUCGGGUGCCAUCGGCUGCAGUUUUUAAAUUCCGCUUUUAUGUGUCUCCCUGAUCCGUGACUAACAUUAUACAUUCCUUCUAAAGAAAUAAAGAUUCUGAAUUGGUAGAAAA